UACAGAACUUAAUUUUACAAGUAAAAUUCGAAAAAAAUGCGGUUUUACCGUUUAAAGUAAUUUUCAUUAAUAUCUGAAGGGAAAUUUUCGGAAAACGAAACGAAAAUGCCGCAUUCAUCGGCAACAGUUCAAGUCCAGAUGUUGGACCAUUCUGUUCACACAUAUGAUGUUAAAGUUAAAAGCUACGGUAACAUGCUCCUACAGUCAGUAAUGAAGGAUAUCAAUUUACUGGAAUCCGAUUACUUUGGCAUCCAAUACACAGACAGGCAAGGAAACAGAGUCUUUUUGGAUCCACUUAAGAAAAUCAAAAGCCAAAUUACAAACAUCAGCAAUGUGGUUCUACACUUCGUGGUCAAGUUUUUCCCACCAGACCCCGGUCAACUACAAGAGGAAUAUACCCGCUACUUGUUUGCUUUACAAGUUAAGCAGGAUAUUGUUGAUGGCCUGCUACCUUGUAAUGAGAACACAUUGGUGGUCAUGGCUUCAUACAUAGCCCAAUCUGAGUUCGGAGAUUGGAAUUCAUUCGAUUGUUCCGACUUAUCCUACUUACGAGAUCUUAAGCUCUUACCCCCACUAGUGGACAUGAACGAGCAUGAUUUGCUCGUCAAAGUUUCCGAAAAUCAUAAAAUUCGAACUGGUGAAACGAAAGCAGACUCCGACUACCACCUUCUAGACAUUGUUCGUCGCCUUGAACAAUAUGGACUAAGGCUGCUACCGGCGAAAGACCAGGAAAACACCGACAUUAAGCUUGCAGUGGCGCAUAUGGGGGUCGUGGUGUUUAGGGGCAAUUCCAAAAUCAACACGUUUAACUGGGCGCGAAUCCGAAAACUUAGCUUUAAGAAAAAACGAUUCCUGAUCAAACUAAGAACUGAAACCAGCGUUGACAAAAAUGGUCAAAAUGUUGGAGAUAUCCUAGUUUUCGUUAUGGCUUCACGAGACACUUGUAAAAACUUCUGGCGUCACUGUAUCGAGUAUCAUGCAUUCUUCCGACUCGAAAUUCACCCAGACCCAGCCCCAAAACCAAAGAUAAUCAAGAGAGGAUCUACGUUUAGAUAUAGCGGCAAAACUCAGAAACAGCUUCAUGAGUUAGUACGCAACAGCAACUUCCGUCGUACAACGUUUGUUCGAGCUUCAGCGAGGAAACCAACCAUCCAACCAAAUAACCGAACACCACAGUUUAACUCUCCAGCUAUAACUGUUACGCCGUCAGUAAUCUCCACGGAACAUGACGACUCUGGUAUACCAAGUCCAAUCAAAACAGAAGCUGAGGUCAAUGGUCAUGUUACAACCACACCAGACUUAACCAUGGCUUCUAAAGGAGAUGGUUUGGUUUAUUCACAAAAGGAAGAAAAACCAGAGGAGUUGUCGCCUUCAAGCAUGGCAACUGCUGCGUGGCAAGUUGAAAGUGAACACCUCCACAGCAGCGUAGUAUCGGUGCCAAGCCAUGAGACGCCUGACGAGGCACCAGACACCACUGCUCAAACUGCUGAGUCACAGAAUGAGUCAAAAUCUGCUGAGCAAGUGGCACCUCUUCCAUCCCCUGUUAAUCUACAUUCAGGUGGCAUGUCCGACCCCAAUGAUCUCACUGAAGUUUCCGCACUUUCGGUUAACGGAUCCGUUGCAUCGAGCGUUGUUUCACCUCCUGGACUUCUCUCCACUAGAGGGCUGAAGUCCACGUCAUCGCUGAGCAGUGAAACGCGCUACCCGUCAUCACAAGCUUACUACAUUGCAAAGGAAAUACUUACAACUGAACGAACAUAUGUUAAAGAUUUAGAAGUUAUCACAACAUGGUUCAAGUCAGCACUACAGAAAGAAGGUUCUGAAUCUCUUCUUCCCGAAAACACGGCGAACCAGCUCUUUGGAGGAAUCGGAUCACUUGUGGCUCUUCACCAGCAGUUCCUCUGUACCUUGGAUGAUCGAUUAUCGUCCUGGGAGGGGAGAGGAUCAACAGGAGCCACCAACGAUCAACUCGUCGAUGAUCUGAUGUUGAGCCACAUGCUUGUGUUGAAGAAAUAUCUUGCUUCGCUUGAGAAUGGUGAAUCGCUCAUCACAGCAAUUGAAGAAGUUGGAGACGCAGAACCAAAGUUUGAAUCUCUGUACCGGGAGUUUGAACUACAGAAAGUUUGCUACCUGCCGUUCAACUCUUUCCUACUCAAACCUAUGCAGAGAAUCGCACACUACAAGUUGAUUACUGAGCGCUUAAUGAACUACUAUGAGGCUGAAUCAACAUUACAGCAACAUCCUGAUCUACAAUCAGCUUACAAGGAAGCAUGUGUGCUCUGUACUGCCACCCAGGAGCGUCUCAAGCGAGCUCACAACCUCCAGAAGAUGGCGCAGUUGAGACGUGACUUGAUUGGCGUGGAACAUUUGUUGAAACCUAACCGGACUUUUAUUAGAGAGGGAAGUUUAUACAAAUUAUCGCGGAAAGGAUUCCAACAAAGACUCUUCUUCCUCUUCUCUGACUGCCUUGUAUAUACAAGCAAAGGGGUCACUUCUACCAACCAAUUCAAGGUCCAUGCUGAACUUCCUUUGCAAGGAAUGAUCAUUGAGGUAAAUGAAGGCGAGAGCGCGGUUCCGAAUUGUUUCAGUAUUCUCUCCGCUUCCAAGACGGUCAUCGUUGCCGCAGCAACGCAGGAAGAGAUGGAUAAAUGGCUGGAGGACUUCAGUGUCGCCAUUGCACGAGCUGGGAGAGAAAUGGAAAUGUAUGAGUCGCCCCUUAACAAUGCUGCAGGAUCUCUGAGUCGCCUCUCCAUGGAGCAAUCCUCGGAAGAUGGCGAGGGCUCGGUUCGUAACUCGAUGGAAAGAUUGAAACCCCCGAUGCAGCAUCGAUCCAACGCCACUAUGCAUGUCUGUUGGCAUCGCAACACAAGUGUCAGCUCGUCGGAUCACCUGGUCUCGCUAAAGAAUCAACUAAGUGGAUAUUUGUUGAGAAAAUUCAAGAAUUCAAACGGUUGGCAAAAGUUGUGGGUUGUUUUCACCAAUUUCUGUCUAUUCUUCUACAAGUCAAACCAGGAUGAAUCACCACUAGCAAGCCUUCCACUGCUCGGUUACACCAUCAAUUCACCAACUGAAGCCGAUGGAAUACGGAAAGAUUUCGUUUUCAAACUCAAGUUUAAAACCCACGUGUAUUUCUUCAGGGCUGAAAGUCAAUAUACUUACAACAGAUGGAUUGAAGUGAUUAGCAGUGCCACUGUGACGUCACAGAGAACCCGUCUCUUCAGUCGCAUGGAUAGCUACCAAUAGAAGAUCGACACGUCAGCAAACUUGAUUGCCGUUUAUAAAAAGAUAUUUUUUUUUAAACUUUUUUCGCUGCUUGUAAUUUUUCACUACCAUGUACCUUACUUUUCUAAAGUGUAAUUUGAGCAAUUGAGGCGUUUUUUGCACCCACACUGACAAAAGCGUGCACACACAUAGGGAGCUGUACACUACGGUGCUGGAAGAGCCAUUUUAACAAAUUAUUUACAGUUGCACAAUAAUUAAAUAAGCCAGAUCUCGUUUUUCAUUGUGUUAAAUACAAUAUGCGAUUAUUUUUAUCCCCGAUUUUUUUUUACUUUUUUUUUGUUUUAACGACAUGAUUAACAGAUUGAGCAAUUAACAUCCAUUUUGAUAAAAUAUAUUUUCGUUUUUUCUUCUUAUAACAGGCCUGAGUGCAUUGUAUAGUCUGUCUACUAUCGGCUCUUUACACUAUAGCCCACAAUUUAAACUCUAUUUUAAAUUUAAAAAAUUAUAAAAUGUUCACAAAUUAAAACUACGUAAAAUAAAAUAUCACUUUCAGAGCCCUAGUAUUUAGUCUAUACAUUUUUUUUUAACUUAACCAUAACUUAUCAUGAAUUUUCAAGUUAUUAGUAACUGAUUUUUUUUUCCUAAAUUUCACUUUUUUUUUUCUUUAAAACAUUGGACUAUAGUAAUUUUCAAGUGGAAAACUUUUUUUAGUUUAUUAUUUUAAUGUAGAAGGUACGUGUUAGUAGUAAGUGGAACCCGUUGGCAAAACAUUGUUUUAUCUUGCCUUUGUUCUCCUGAAACAAAGGUGUUUAAGUGUAAAUAGAUGUUUGUAUAUUUUAUCUCAUCUAAACCGCGUUUUUCGUUAAUCUUAAAAUUUUAUUUUUCAAAUUGCUGAUCGUAUAGUGCAAGACUUUCAAAUCGUGUGUUACUGACAUUAGUAUAAUUCAGCGAAGUUAAUAUUUUCAUUCAAAAAUGACGAUUAAAAUCUAUAUAUUUUUGUUGACCCAACUUUUUGGCAUUAAUUUUUGAUAAAAUUUUCGCAUCAGAUAUUUUAAAUCAUCUAUGCACCAAAAAAACUGCGCGAAAAAAAUGCUAGAAAAUGAACUAAUCGUAUUUUCUUGGUUUCAAAAGCACAAGAGCGUAUUUUUGCAGCUCGACGUAGAUUUGUAUUUCAAUAACAGUUUGUGAGUUUUUGUAAUUCCAUGAGUGCUUUUGAGUUAACGGUGCAAAUAAUAUCACCCGCUGAUUUUUUACCCUGCUGUACAGAAUUUGUCGCUGUAAUUGCACACUUGUGCCCAAUCAUUCACCAAGGAGAAAUAAUAAAAUGAUUUCAGAAUAA